AUGGUUUCUUAUAAUGAAUACAAGUUAUAUUUAAAUAUUCCUCGUUUAGAUAUGAAGAGAAAAAAUUAUAAAUAUAAUAUGGAUGAAGGAAUAAAUAGGAAAGGUGUAAAAUGGACAUGUUUGAUAAAUAAAACUUUUCAUUCUUGUUUUUUUAUAUGUAUUUGUGUAUUACUCCAUUUGAUGGUAUUUGGUGUUUGUAUAUACAAAGUUGAAGGAAGUGUUAAUGUUAUAGAACCUAACGCUAAUUCAACAAGAACUUUAUAUGAGAAUAAGGGAGUUGCCUAUGAGUCUAAUGUAUCAGUACAUGAUAACUUAUUAAAUAAAUUAUACGUGUCACCGACUGUUGAAAAUAAAGGUAUUAAAGAAGAUAAUGUAUUUGGAAAUAAGGACUUAAAUGGAAUUGAAUCACAUCAACAGCUUAAGGAACAUAUUAGAAGAUUUUCUACAUUAUCACAAGGUAAUUAUGGUACUAUUAAAGGUGGAUUUGGAUAUGAAUAUUCAGAACUUUAUGAUAACAUGACAGAUGAAGAAAUAGAUAAAGCUGUAAGUGAAUUAAUGGAAUAUUUAAAUAAUAGUAAAGAAAAAGUCUAUAAUUUAUGGUGGCAAAUAAUGAAGAAUGAAAAGGUUAAAUAUGUAAUGAUUAUGAAAAAUUUAUACAGUUUUUUUCUUAAAUUGAAAAAUAAAUAUAAUUUUGAUGAUACUUUUUCAGAAAAACAAUGGAAUAAAUGUAAAGAUAAAGUAAAACAAAAUAGACUAAAUUACGAAAAAGAUGUUAAUAUGACAUUUUUAAACUGGUUGAACUCAAAAAUAUUAAGAAAAGAUGAUUAUCAGAAAUUUAUAAAAGCGAAAAGAUUAAAUUGGAAAGAAUUAAGUAUUAAAACAGAAAAAGCUUGUAGAAAUGAUAUGCUUCAAGCUUUUGAUGAAGAAUUAAAUGUCCAUAAUAAAAGAUUAGGUUUAGAUUCUGUGACUGGAAAUAUUAGGAGCCAUAAAAGAAGAAAAUUUUCUAAAGAUGAUGAUGUAGACAAAAAGGACGAUGGUUGUUAUUAUACACCAUCUAAUGAACGUUAUAAAGAUUGUAUUAGAACAUCUGAUUAUAUUGAUGCACAUGAUUCUGAUGCUCUUGUAGAAGAUGAAGAAACUAAGGAAAAAAGUAUUUCGAAGGAAUCCCUUAAAAAAGAAGAAGAUAUUGUAGAGGAUGAAAUUGCUUCAAAAGAUUCAAGUGUUUCAGAAGAAUCAAGCGAUUCAAGAUAUACAAUUCUAUCUGCUGAUUCUGCAGAAUAUAUGGAAUCAGAUAUUUUAUCAGUUUUGGAUGUACCAGAUGUAAAUGGUCCUGUUUCUGCACGUAGUGUAUAUAUGGAGGCAUAUACACCAGAACCUAAGGAAAUGUUAUAUCGCCCAAAGGUGAGAUAUGUGACCAUAUAA